AUGUAAUCACCCCCUAUUUCGGUCAAAUUCCAACGAAACGCUCCGAAACCCACACAAAAAUCUCAACUUUCGUAAGGGAACUGCGACGAGACUUUUAGCGAGUGUGAAGCCUGAUGCCGAUGGCGGUAGUAGGUCCCGCAUCGCCCACGACGGCGGCGCUGGCGGCGGCGGAUAGGGCCCCGCCGGCGGCUCUCGUGCCAAUGCUGCAGCAGCAGCAGCAGCCGCCGGCGAUGCUGGCGGCGGACGCGCUCGCGCGGGACUCGGUCAUCGCGUGGUUCCGCGGCGAGUUCGCGGCGGCCAACGCGAUCAUCGACGCGCUCUGCGGCCACCUGGCGGGGCUCAGUGGCGGGGGCCCGGAGUACGAGGCGGUGUUCGCGGCGGUGCACCGGCGGAGGAUGAACUGGAUCCCCGUGCUACAGAUGCAGAAGUACCACUCCAUCGCCGACGUGGCGGUGGAGCUGGACCGCGUCGCGUCGAGGAAGAAGGCCGGGGACGGCGGCGACGAGGAACCGGAGGGCCUGGCGGCCGAGGAGGAGGCGAAACGGGAAGACGAGGCCUGGGCGGGAGGCGAGAAACAGCGAGCCGCCUUCGUCGGCGCCGGCGAGAAGGCGGUGGAUAGUAAUUGCGACGGAAGCGCCAACGGCGAGGUCAUCGACGGGGAGGAGGAGGAGGAGGAGGAGGAGGAUUCGCCGGACAGCGACAUUACAGAUUCAGGAUCCCAUGAGAUGCAGCCUGCGCUGGAAAACCUCGAUUUGUGCUCCAACCACGAACUCUGCGAAGCACGAGCAGCUCAAAUCAAGCUGACAAAAGGUUUUACUGCCAAGGAGCCAGUGAAAGGGCAUAUGGUCAACGUCGUGAAAGGGUUGAAGCUAUAUGAGAACGUUUUCACCGAUUCAGAGCUCUCUAAGCUGACAGAUUUCGUCAAUGAUCUCCGUGUAGCUGGUCAAAAUGGAGAACUCUCAGGUGAGACCUAUAUUUUGUUUAACAAGCAGAUGAAAGGAAACAAACGGGAGUCGAUCCAAUUUGGGGUCCCCAUUUUCGGGCACAUACAAGAGGAAGCGACAUGCAACAGCAAAACAGGUAACAUAGAGCCAAUUCCAGCACUUCUGGAACAUGUCAUAGAUCAUCUGGUUGAGUGGCAGCUAAUACCGGUUUACAAAAAGCCGAACAGUUGCAUCAUUAAUUUCUUCGACGAGGAAGAGUAUUCUCAGCCUUUCCUAAAGCCUCCUCAUUUGGAUCAGCCUAUAGCAUCUCUUCUCCUCUCUGAAUCAACCAUGGUUUUUGGCCGGUUUCUUGUUAGUGACAAUGAAGGCAACUAUAAAGGACCGCUCAUGCUUCCAUUGAAAGAAGGGUCUCUUUUGGUGAUGAGGGGUAACAGUGCUGACAUGGCAAGACAUGUAACAUGCCCUUCUUCAAAGAAGAGGGUCACCAUCACAUUCUUCAGGGUCCGACCAGACAGCAACCAAAGCCAACCAUCGAGUCCUCUUUCUGGCUCCAUGACUCUUUGGCAAGCAGCAACCAACCCAACCCCUUUCGCCAUGCCAAGCGGAGGUAUGGGUGCUUACGAGGCCGUCGAUAUGAUGCCUAAAUGGGGAGUCCUCCGAGCACCUGUGGUAAUGCUAGCCCCAGUAAGCCCGAUGGUUUUGAACCCUAAAAAGAUCCAAAACGGUGGCACUGGCGUUUUCUUGCCGUGGGCUUUAGGAACACGAAAGCCCGCCAAGCAUCUUCCGCCGCGUGCACAAAAGGGACGGCAUCAAGCCGCAGAGUCCUCUUCCAGAGCCGGCAUUGGCUGUGAAGGGAAUUUGGUUUCCACUUAAUAGCUUCACCCCUGCUCUCAGGAAUCUCCCUUCGAUGUAUAAACUCGAGGCCUAGGUGCCGCCAGAAGAGCAUUCUCUUUCUCCUGUCUGUUCCAUCUUCUUCCCUCCGCGAUCGCUGUGAUGAUCAGUCGAGGCUCUAGUUGUCAGUCCAUGUAUUUUCCCCCUCCUCCCGGAUGCAACGAAAUGUAGAGGCGUGGUGUUAGUUCCGGUUUUGGAGUCUUUGAGCGUUGAAUUUGCUUGCGGUGGGAAUUUUCUAACUUCAAAUGGUUUUGGUUUUAUCAUCCCUCUUCGUUGUUUAAUAUUGUUGGUCGAAUAUGAAGCUUUUGUGGGCAAAACUUUCGAAUCUCACUUUGAAUAUGCAGUUUUGCUGUAUUUAACGA